AUGUUAGAUAAGUUCAGUGUGAGUAUAUCGUCCAUUUCUAUGGGGCUGUGUUUAUCACACAAAAGUGUGUAUGGUCACGAAUAUGCGCCAUUUGGGUCGUUACAAAAUUUGAUAGACACUAAAAAGAGUGACGAAUUUGGUCUUAAAUUGCGAGUGAAAAUGUGUCUUGAUGCUAUAAAGGGAAUUGUGUAUUUACACACAAAUGGGAUUUUACACAGAGACAUCAAGCCAGACAACAUCUUAGUCUUUUCAUUAGAUCUGAGUUGUACAGAUGUUAUUAAUGCAAAAUUGACUGAUUUUGGAAGUGCAAGAAACGUCAAUUUACUGAUGACGAACAUGACAUUCACAAAGGGUAUUGGAACACCAAAGUACAUGGCGCCUGAAAUCCUUCAGAAACAAAAAUACAAGGAAAGUGCAGACGUCUAUUCAUUUGCAAUGACCAUGUACGAGAUAUUUAUAUGGGGAGAGGCCUUCCCAAGAGAAAUGUUUAGAUAUCCAUGGGAGGUAGUCAAUUUCAUAACAGGUGGAAGACGACUUGACAAACCGGCAAAUAUGGACAAUGCGUUGUUUAAGAUAGUAAGCGAUUCAUGGAGAAACAAUUCAAAUGAGCGAAAUGACGCGUGUAAAAUAGAAAAAAGUCUUGGUGAGUAUUAUUUGAGUCUGAAUUGA